GCACACAUGCGGGGGCCAUGUGCGUGGCUGCACGGGGGGUGUUUCCGCGGAGCCCUGCAGAGGUUCGAGGCUGCGGGGCGGUGGGAGUCCCGGCAGCGGUGCGUACCGCCCCUCGCUGUCUGUCCCUGCAGCUCCGGCCGCCCGCGGGGAGCAGCGCCGAAGCAGGGGCAGGAGAUGAGGCGUUUCCCGUGGGGGAGGUCGGUGAGGGGCUGUGCUGCAGCCCACGGCCCCCCCAGGCCCCAGCGAUGCAGCUCCAGCUCCUCUGCCAGCCGUCCGCUGCCGGAGCACCCGAGCCAAGAGCCCGCCCAGGGCCAGCGGCGCAUGAACCCCCUCAACAUCCAGAUGCUGUCCAGGACCCUCCAUGAGCAAAUCUUUCGGGGGGCCCAGGUGCACUACUCAGAGUCAGACAUCCAGAGGAGCGUGGAGCACCUGCAACGGCACGAGCUGUGGGGCAAGGAGACCUCCACGCUGCCCGACGUGGACCUGCAGCUGCCCCGCAUGUACGGGGACAACAUCGACGAGCAUUUUCGGCUCCUGGCACAGAAGCAGAGCUUGCCCUACCUGGAGGCGGCCAACGAGCUGCUGCGCUGCCAGCUGCCCCCCAUGCCCGCACAGUGGGCAUGGCGGCUGGGCUGGACCCGCUACGACCCCGACGGGCGAGAGGAGGCCGUGGACUUCCCCAGGGAGCGGGCGGUGGUGCUGGACGUGGAGGUGUGCGUGGCUGACGGGCACUGCCCGACGCUGGCCGUGGCAGUCUCGCCGCACGCCUGGUACUCGUGGUGCAGCCGGAGGCUGCUGGAGCAGCGGUACUCCUGGUCCAGCCACCUCACCCUGGCCGACCUCAUUCCCCUGGAGAGCCCCGCAGGUGCUGGCAGUGCUGGCAAGCAGGACUGGCCAGAGAGAGUGGUGGUGGGACACAACGUGGCCUUCGACCGGGCAUUCAUCAAGGAACAGUACCUCAUCCAGGGCUCCCAGGUGCGUUUCCUGGACACCAUGAGCAUGCACAUGGCCAUCUCGGGGCUGACGGGCUUCCAGCGCAGCCUCUGGAUGGCUGCCAAGCAUGGCAAGAGGAAGGGACUGCAGCAGGUCAAGGAGCACAUGAAGAAAACACGCAGCAAAAUGGAGGGACCAGCUAUCACUUCGUGGGACUGGGUGCACGUCAGCAGCAUCAACAACCUGGCAGACGUGCACGCGCUCUACGUCGGGGGGGAGCCCCUGGAGAAGGAGGCGCGGGAGCUCUUUGUGAAGGGCACCAUGGCUGACAUCAGGAGUCACUUCCAGGACCUGAUGUCAUACUGUGCCCACGAUGUCCGGGCUACCCAUGAGGUGUUUCAGGAGCAACUGCCGCUCUUCAUGGAGAGGUGUCCCCACCCUGUGACGUUUGCAGGGAUGCUGGAGAUGGGGGUGUCCUACCUGCCAGUCAAUGGGAACUGGAAGAGGUACCUGGGCGAUGCUCAGGACAUCUACGAGGAGCUGCAGAAGGAGAUGAAGAAGUCCCUGAUGAACCUGGCCAAUGAUGCCUGCCAGCUGCUGCAUGAGGACAGGUACAAGGAUGACCCCUGGCUCUGGGAUCUGGAGUGGGACACGCAGGAGUUCAAGCAGAAGAAGAAUCCAGGGAAGAAAAAGAAGAAGGAUCAGGAUGGGAACGGCAAAGCCUCCCCAGUGGCAGCGGGUGCAGACGAGUCCCUGCCGGAGUGGCAGGAGGACCCUGGUCCCCCUGGUGAGGAUGAGGAGCUGAAAGCCCCUGCGAGCCAAGUCUGCCUGGAGCGUCUGAAGGAGACGGUCACGCUGCAACCCAAGAGACUGCAGCAUCUGCCAGGGCAUCCAGGCUGGUACCGCAAGCUGUGCCUGCGCCUGGAGGAGACAGGGUGGGUGCCAGGACCCAGCCUCAUCAGCCUGCAGAUGAGGGUGACCCCAAAGCUGAUGCGCCUGGCCUGGGAUGGCUUCCCUCUCCAUUACUCGGAGAAGCAUGGCUGGGGCUACCUGGUGCCAGGGCGACAGGACAAUUUGCCAGCAGCCUCCUCCUCAGAGGAGGGCCCUGCCUGCCCACACAGGGUGAUUGAGCAGCUGUACAGGCAGUACUGCCUGGAGAAAGGCAAGGAGCAGCCCCCGGGGCUGGAGGCCACUGUGGAGAACGAGCUGCUGGCAAUGGACAGCAGCACGAUUUGGCAGAAGGUGGAGGAGAUGAGCCAGCGGGAGGUGGAUGUGGAGGAGAGAGUGUGUGGAGCGGACCAGAGCCUGGAGCAGGUAAAUGGGGAUUCCUGUGUGAUGCGCUGUGAGCUGAUGGAGGCGAGGAGCCAGCCCUCGUACCACCAUGGCAACGGUCCCUACAACGAUGUCAACAUCCCUGGGUGCUGGUUCUUCAAGCUGCCUCACAAGGACGGGAACGAAAACAACGUGGGAAGCCCUUUUGCCAAGGAUUUCCUGCCCCAGAUGGAGGAUGGCACCCUGAGGGCUGCUGUGGGCCGCACCCACGGCACCAGAGCUCUCGAGAUUAACAAAAUGAUCUCGUUCUGGAGAAACGCUCACAAGCGGAUCAGUUCCCAGAUGGUGGUGUGGCUGAAGAAAGGGGAGCUGCCUCGCGUGGUGACAAGGCACCCCGACUACAACGAGGAGGAUGAGUAUGGAGCCAUCCUGCCGCAGGUGGUGACGGCGGGCACCAUCACUCGCCGGGCGGUGGAGCCCACGUGGCUGACGGCCAGCAACGCCCGGGCCGACCGUGUGGGCAGCGAGCUGAAGGCCAUGGUGCAGGUGCCGCCCGGCUACUCGCUGGUGGGUGCAGACGUGGACUCGCAGGAGCUGUGGAUAGCCGCCAUCCUGGGCGAGGCUCACUUCGCCGGCAUGCACGGCUGCACGGCCUUCGGCUGGAUGACCCUGCAGGGCAAGAAGAGCAACGCCACGGACCUGCACAGCAAGACGGCGGCCACGGUGGGCAUCAGCCGGGAGCACGCCAAGGUCUUCAACUAUGGGCGCAUCUACGGGGCCGGGCAGCCCUUCGCAGAGCGGCUGCUGAUGCAGUUCAACCACCGGCUGACGCAGCAGCAGGCGCGAGCCAAGGCGCAGCAGAUGUACGCGGUCACCAAGGGCGUGCGCAGGUUUCACCUCUCUGAGGAUGGGGAGUGGCUGCUGAAGGAGCUGAACCUGGAUGUGGACAGGGCAGAGGAUGGAUCGGUGUCAGCCCACGAUGUCCAGCAGCUCCAGAGAGAAGCCAUGAAAAGAUCCCGGAAGAAGAAGUUGAAGUGGAACGUGGUGAGGCACCGGGUGUGGUCUGGAGGCACCGAGUCCGAAAUGUUCAACAAGCUGGAGAGCAUCGCCCUGUCCCCCUCCCCGCAGACCCCGGUGCUGGGCUGUCACAUCAGCAGGGCCCUGGAGCCCGCCGUGGCCAAGGGCGAGUUUCUGACCAGCAGAGUGAACUGGGUGGUGCAGAGCUCAGCUGUUGACUACUUGCACCUCAUGCUGGUCGCCAUGAAGUGGCUCUUUGAGGAGUUUGACAUCAACGGGCGCUUCUGCAUCAGCAUCCACGACGAGGUGCGGUACCUGGUGCAGCAGCAAGACCGCUACCGGGCAGCCCUGGCCCUGCAGAUCACCAACCUCCUCACCAGGUGCAUGUUUGCUUACAAACUGGGCCUCCAGGAUCUGCCACAGUCAGUGGCUUUCUUCAGCGCAGUGGAUGUGGACCAGUGCUUAAGGAAAGAGGUGACCAUGAACUGUGUGACGCCAUCAAAUCCAACCGGGAUGGAGAAGAAGUAUGGCAUCCCUCAAGGAGAAGCGCUGGAUAUAUAUCAGCUCAUGGAAAUAACCAAAGGCUCGCUGCAGAAGAAGUGACAACGCCACAGUGGCAGGACAGCUGUCCCGAGUGUGUGCCAGAGCCCAGCUGCCUGGCAGAAGGAAAAGCUUUUGGCAGGGACUGAUCCUGGUCCCUCUGUUUCCUCUUUGCUGUAAGAAGAGAUGUUCCUGUGGAAGAAGGUUUCGAGAGCAGCACAUUGGAAGAGCAGAGGUGCUUCUGAGGGCAGCAGCCAGCUGUAACACCCGAGGCAGGGUGCUGCUUGCACACGCACGGGCACGAAGGAAGAAGUCAUGAGGUUUUGGCAAGAGAAACAAGAAAACAUUGUCUGUCCCUGAGCCAGGCGAGGCUGCUGCAGAACAGGCUCGCUGGGAGGAGGCAGCAGCAGCACCCACAGCCUUAUUUCUUUCGUUGUCUCUUCUUUUUGGGUUCCUGGUUCUCGUCUGUUUGUUCUGCUGUGCUGCUCUGCAGAGGGGAGGGAGUAACAGUACAGAGUGUGAUUAUUUUUGUGGGAUCAUUGUGAGGAAUGUUUACCUAGAGAAACCAGAACAGGAUUGAGUUCUUUUCCUCCCUAACAAAAUAACCUCAACAUGGGACUCCUCUCACCCACUGAGACUUUCCCUGUGGACCCCCCAGUUCAUGCUGGACCUUAGACCACAGGUUAGCAGUGGCAAGGACAGGGAUUAUUUGUGCUGGGUUUUGUUGUGUUGAAGCACUCAGGAAAAUAAGGACAGAAGCACCAAUAAAAACAUGGACAAUCAGCAAAGUAAAUUGGUUAUUUCUUUACCCAGCACAGGUUGUGUAAACUUUUGUCCAGUAGAGGAGAGGGUUC